GACAGAAAAUAGAGUGAAGCUUAACUUCUAUGAUCUCAGCAUGGGGAUGGCUAAGAAAUAUUCUACAAAACUAUUUGGGAAGCACUAUGAAGCCAUCUAUCAUCUAGCUAUCGAAGUUUACGGUGUUGAAUACUGCAGUGGAUCAGGUACAGAAGGAAGAUCUCAAGGCUCUCUUUGCUAUACCACCAUCGACAAGAGCGUUGAUUACGGCCAAACAGACAUAGACCAAAAAACUUUUCACGAGUUCAUUAAUGGCAUGUGCCGCAAAUAUUCCAAGGGUGGUUAUGAUAUUGUUACCAACAACUGUAACCAUUACUGCAAUGAGCUCUUGCAGUUCUUGACAGGCAAGUCAGUCUCAGAGGAGAUCCUCAUCCAAGUUGAAGAAAUAUUAAAAAACCCAGCCUGAGUCUCAAUAGCCCCGCUGAUCAAAGAUAAGCUCGAUGGGUUUGUGAAGGGAGAGUUCGAUAUCUUUCAGUACAUCAGCACCACCAAUGGUGAGAUAGAUGUGAACCCUAACAUCUUAGCUCUGUUUAACAACAUUGCAAUAACCCAAGAGACAGCGGUUGCCAAGCUCGAAGGUCCAGCCAAUAUGCUCACAAUAAGUGACUAUAAAACUCUGGAACAGUUUAUCCAGGAAAUGCCCAGAUGAGUCAUCUAUUUCUGGUCUCCAGAUGCGGAUGAAUGUAAAGAAGCCGACGAAGAGAUUUCUUGAUUUGCCAAGAAGCAUACCUCAAAAGAAGUCAAUAAUGUUAUCUUUGCUAGCAUCAAUGCCAAGGAGUUUGAAUUCCCCGAGAAGUUUGUCAAACUCAAGGAGACUUCAGCUUGUAGCUAUCCUAAAAUCUUCCUGUUCAAUAAAGGGAAACUCAUCAAGAAGCUAGAUACCUUCAAUGUGGCCCAUCUUGAGAAAAAUCUUGAUACAUUAAAAUAG